AUGCUUCGCCUCGCGGCCAGCCUGGUGGCCUUCUUCUGGAGGAGGGCGGACAGGCCGAGGGAGGAGACCGGGCCCCCGGGGCCCGAGCUCGCGGAAGGUGACACCAAGUUGAAAACCGUCCAGGGAGUUGUGACAAGGUACUGCAGUGAUUAUGGCAUGAUCAAUGAUUUGAUCUACUUUUCCAAUGAGGUUGUGACUAGCAACGUGCUUCUGAAUGUUGGACAGGAAGUUAUUGCAGUUGUGGAAGAAAAUAAAGUGUCGAAUGGAUUGAAAGCCAUCAGGGUGGACGCUGUCUCUGAUAAAUGGGAAGACGACAGCAGAAACUCCAGCCGAGGGCUGUCAGGCUCCAGCCCCCGAGUGCUGAUUGGCUGCGUGACCUCCUUGACGGAAGGGGCUGGCUACAUCAAUCAGACCACGUACUUCUCUAUGGAGAGUGUUUGUGAAGGUUUCCGGCCCUGCAAGGGAGACUGGGUGGAGGCUGAGUACUGGAUGCGGCCGGGCACGUGGAGCAGCGAGGCCAUCUCCGUGAAGCCGCUGAGGUACAAGCGUGUGGACAGGGUCUGCAUUUCUAGCCUCUGUGGAAGGAAUGGGGUGAUAGACGACAGUAUCUUUUUCACCUUGGACUCUCUGAAACUUCCAGAAGGAUACGUGCCUCGAAGAUAUGACCUGGUCAGCGCCGUGGUGGUGGAGAGCAGCCAGUCAUGCUACAUCUGGAGAGCCCUCUGUAUGACCCCAGUGAAAAGGCGAGAGUCCUCUGCCGGUGAAGAGGCUGCCGAUGAGUGCUGUGGAGCCCUUUUAUUGAAAAACAAAGGUGAUAUUGAAGUCACGAGGAUGACAAAUUUUGGAACUCUAAAAGAAGGAGGAAGUAAAAAUAUGGUGAUCUGGAUAGAGAAUAAAGGAGAUGUUCCUCAAAACUUAGUCAGCUGCAAACUGGCUGGCUGGGAUAAAGCGAAACAAUUCAGAUUUCAAAUGCUGGAUAAAGCCCAGAUGUGCCCGGUGGUAUCUCUUGUUUCUGUUCCUGAGAAGGAGAAGAAUUUUUCAGAUGAAAAUAUUAACUCAUCAGAUAGCUACAGAAAAAACAAUACCUGUCAGACGGUGGAGAGCAGUUUGGUGAACAGCAGAGAAGCCUCUCCAGAUGACUGUUCCUGUAAAGGAGAAAAUGGAGGAGAAGAAGAGAGUUUAUCAAGGAGGCAGGUGACAGAAGCUGGCGGGCUCAUCCCUCCAGGUGGCAGAACCCUGGUUGUGAUCGUAUGUGAUGCAAAGAAUUCCGGCCGCUGCAAGGAGCUCCUUCUGCUUUGCUUCUCUAGUUUCAUAAUCGGGCGAGUCCUUGAAGUGAAUGUCGUAAGUGGGGAGGAGUCGCUAAUAGCUGUCCGAGAACCGUUUUCAUGGAGAAAGUCUAAAAGUUCCCAAGCAUUAGCUUCCACCAGAACAACAGUUGUGGUGACCACACAGAAAAGGAACUCAAGACGACAACUUCCAAGUUUUCUUCCACACUAUCCAAUACCAGAUAGACUUAAAAAAUGUGUGGAACAAAAAAUUGACAUACUGACCUUUCAGCCGUUGCUUGCAGAGCUUUUGAAGAUGUCAAACUACAAGGAGAAGUUUUCAACUUUGCUCUGGCUUGAGGAGAUUCAUGCAGAAACAGAAUUGAAAGAAUAUAAUAUGAGUGGGGUCACCUUGAAAAGAAAUGGAGAUUUUCUUGUUCUGGAGGUCCCAGGAUUAGCUGAAAGUAGGCCUUCUCUGUAUGCAGGUGAUAAACUGAUUUUAAAAACUCAAGAGUACAAUGGACAUGUCAUCGAAUACAUUGGCUACGUGAUUGAGAUUCAUGAAGAAGAUGUAACUCUCAAACUUAACACAGAAUUUGAACAAGCGUAUAACUUUGAACCUAUGGAUGUGGAAUUUACAUAUAGUAGGACCACAAGCAGACGGUGUCACUUUGCACUUGAACAAGUCAUCCGCUUAGGUGUGAAAGUGUUGUUUCCAGAAGAAAUCAUUUUACAGUGUCCCCAAGUGACCGGGAAUUGGAACCAUGCACAAGACACCAAAAACGAUAGACAGUCCACCAUCAAGAAAACUAGGAAAGACGUGAAGGACCAAACUAAACAUGCAACAAAGGAGAGGCGGGUUGGUGCCCAGGACAUCCCAGGGCCAGCGGCUCUGGCCGCAGAGACAAGCAGUCUGGUAAAUGAAAUUCAGAUCCCUGAAGUGGGAGAGAACGAAUUUUUCAAUCCAGUGCUCAAUGAAAACCAGAAGUUAGCAGUUAGAAGAAUUCUGAGUGGCGACUGCCGCCCACUCCCAUAUAUUCUUUUCGGACCUCCUGGAACUGGGAAGACAGUGACGAUAAUAGAGGCUGUUUUACAGAUGUACUACACUUUGCCAGACAGUCGGAUUUUGGUCUGUGCGCCCUCCAACAGCGCUGCCGACCUCGUGUGUUUGCGGCUGCACGAGAGCCAGAUGCUGCGGCCUGGUGCCAUGGUCCGUGUGAACGCCACCUGCAGGUUCGAGGAGACAAUCAUUGAUGCCAUCAAACCAUAUUGCAAAGAUGGAGAAGACAUCUGGAAAGCCUCACGCUUCCGGAUAAUAAUUACAACAUGCAGCAGCGCAGGGCUCUUUUACCAAAUAGGAGUGAGAGUCGGACACUUUACACACGUAUUUGUGGACGAAGCAGGACAGGCGAGUGAGCCAGAAUGCAUUAUUCCUCUGGGGCUGAUUUCAGACGUCAGCGGCCAGAUUGUCCUUGCUGGAGACCCCAUGCAGCUCGGACCGGUCAUCAAGUCCAGACUUGCUAUGGCCUAUGGGCUGAACGUUUCUAUGUUGGAAAGACUGAUGUCCCGACCAGUGUAUAGGAGAGAUGAAAACGCUUUUGGGGCCUGUGGCGCCUACAACCCCUUGCUGGUUACGAAGCUCGUGAAGAACUACAGAUCCCACUCAGCUCUGCUGGCGCUGCCAUCCAGACUAUUCUACCACAAGGAGCUUGAAGUCUGUGCAGACCCAAAGGUGGUGACCUCCUUACUGGGCUGGGAGAAGUUACCAAAGAAAGGCUUCCCCCUCAUCUUUCACGGUGUGAGGGGCAGCGAAGCUCGGGAAGGGAGAAGCCCCUCGUGGUUCAACCCGGCCGAAGCUGUCCAGGUCAUGCGCUACUGCUGCCUGCUGGCCAGGAGCACCUCGAGCCAGGUGUCUGCCGGUGACAUCGGUGUGAUCACGCCCUACCGGAAGCAGGUGGAGAAAAUCAAAAUUCUUUUGAGAAAUGUUGAUCUGACGGAUGUAAAGGUUGGCUCGGUAGAGGAGUUUCAAGGGCAGGAAUGUUUGGUUAUCAUCAUCUCCACUGUACGGUCAAAUGAAGAUAGUUUUGAAGAUGAUAGAUAUUUUUUGGGCUUCUUGUCCAACUCAAAAAGAUUUAAUGUUGCCAUCACCAGACCCAAAGCCUUGCUGAUUGUACUGGGAAAUCCUUACAUUCUUGUCAGAGAUCCCUGUUUUGGGGCUUUGCUGGAAUACAGCAUCACAAACGGUGUUUACACAGGAUGCAACCUACCUCCUGAGCUGCAGUCCCUGGAAAAAGCCAGGACCCAAGGGACCAGAGGGGACUGCAUCCGGAGCCCCCUAUUGAUAAGGGAUGGCCAUUGAAGCCAGGCACCACACCCUGAGGAGCUGCUGUCCCUGCACUGUGGCCCGUGGCCUGCCUUGUCUCACAGCCUAGGCCAUGAGUGUGGGGGCCACUGGGUCUGACGGAGCCCGCUCAUGCUGCCAUCAGCUCUGCAUGCCAGCCCCUUCCUGCCACUGGGUAGUUACUAUAACCCGUCACCAAAAUAAACGCUCUAGUGGGACACCCCACAUUU